AUGUCCGCCAUAGCUCGAGUCGCUAGUCGAGCUUUUCGGAAUAAUAGUGCGACAUACAGCACUGCAGCGAGCCAGCUGACCAACUUGAGCCACCGGCCGUUGCUUCCGCUUCUAAAGCAGGUGGCCACUACCUUACCACGGAGGCAAUAUCAAGCCCGGCAAGUCAGCAUCACGCCUUUCCUGCGAUCAGACUCCAGAUUUGAACAGCCAAAAGCGAAGACCAGAUCGACAAGUGACCAUGGCCUUGCCAAGUCUGAGACAAGGCCACCAGUUAAACAACCCAUUCACGAAGACAUAUACACUGUACCCAACAUCUUAACCCUGACUCGUCUUGGAGCCGCUCCUGUCAUAGGGUAUUUGGUACUUCACGAUUGCCAUGCGUGGGCAGUGGGAUUGUUUGCCUAUGCUGGAAUUACUGAUCUGCUCGAUGGCUGGAUAGCGCGACGAUGGAAUAAGAAAACGGUAGUUGGAACUGUGAUAGAUCCCAUGGCAGACAAGGCCCUUAUGACUAUUUUAACAGUUUGCUUGGCGGCUAAGGGAGCAUUACCAUUCUGGUUAGCAACUGUUAUUUUAGGUCGAGAUAUCGGGCUCGGGAUAGCUGCCAUCUAUUACCGUUGGAUAUCUCUGCCUCCGCCAAAAACGUUCGCUCGUUACUGGGAUUUUUCACUUCCGUCCGCAGAAGUUCGACCCACAACUAUCAGCAAAUACAACACUUUCCUACAACUCGGACUGAUAGGCCUGACGACGACAGCCCCUCUUGUCAAUGUUGACUUGACUUCGACGUUGACAAUCUUACAAUAUGUUGUCGCCGGUACCACGAUAUGGAGCGCUGCAAGCUACGUAUUUAGCAAAGAUGCUGUGAAGAUUUUGAACAUAUUGUAUCAUGAAACUGGAUGGUAUCACAUGCUCGGAAGCGCUCAAAGCAUCAUCUACGCUGAUCCCGGCACAGAAAGUAUUGUACAAAUUUAA